ACACUCACGAGUUGGACGUUGACGAGAGUAGUUGAAAAAUAUUAACGCGUAUCUAAUACAGAUAUUCUAUGUUAAAAAAUAAUAAUAAAUAGACAAAAAAUCUUUCUUGGAUAGUAGAUAAUUCAGUGUUAAGAAUUUUCUCCAACGUAAUAUAGACAGUGGGAAAUCACAAGUGUCCAAAAAGUGCCUAAAGAAGAGUGUUGAAAGAAAAGAAGACAUAUGUGACACUUUUCAAAGUCUCUAACUUCCAUUUUUUACUUCAUACUUGUGCUGGGGUGUGAGAAGAAAAUAAUUUCAACUGUAUAAUAAAAAAUAAACAGAGAAUAUAUCCAAAAAAAAGUCGACCCGGCACAUCCAAUUACGAUGAUCUCUGAAAGGAUUUACUUUCCUCGCGAAAUGACACCCCAAAUAGUCCCAGCUGGUGUAUAUCCAUCCGAUACAUUUGCCUCAUACGCCGAUAAUUUCGACUUAUCUCUCCUACCGUGCGACGGCGAAGUACCACUGAGCCCCGAAUCACAAGAAUCCUUAGACUACAUUCCAACAACCGUUUUUGGUAACGGAGGAUUUUUAGGGAAAACAUCUUCAUCCUCUUGGACAUCUGAACCUGUCCAGUACCCAUAUUUCGGAAUUGGCCUUCCUAGUCCUCCGCAGGAGCCCAUUUUGGGUGUAUUUUCGCCAUCUCCAAGUCCUGUGACAGAGAAAUCGCAGAUAAAGCAGGAAUUGUCCCUGUUACCACCGUCUCCGCCGGACUCGUAUGGUGUACCGUCGCCAUUCUGUGUGAAAGCCGAACCAGUGGAAAGUGACACGGAGGCUUGUAUAGAUCUGGAUUCACUUCUUCAAAAAUCUUUGGAAGACUUCGAUAUACCCAAGAAGAAAGAUCAUAUGCUUUUGCGCGAGUGCCUACAGGAUACGACGUUCCAAAAGAAGCACAAUCUUAAACCAUUGGCACUGGAGUCGUUACUUGGUGGUUGGAGUACACGCGGUGACAUCGAACCUGUCAUCUCACUUGCUCUCGAGCAUGCUCGUCGGGAUGUUGAAGCCACCUGUGCUACGCUCAAUAUUUCUCCGGAUCCUCAACAGUGGACAAGUGAGCAAGUGCAGGCAUGGCUUAAGCUAACGAUUGAUCAAUUUAAAUUGGCAGCAGUUAAAGACAUUGAAACGCUCUUCAUGGAGGAUGGUCCAGGGCUUUUUCAGAUGUCUGAAGAAGAGUUUGUUAGGAGAGCACCACAGGUUGGUGGUACUCUAUAUGCUCAACUUGAAAUUUGGAAAGCAGCAUGUGGAGAUAGCCCUCAAAUAGCACCAUCCACCAGUGCCAGCAGUAAUCUUGCUUGGAGCCCCGAAGGCAGUCAUGAAGAGCCGACUGAUGACGAAGACGAAGAAAUGCCCAUGGUUUCAUCUGAGGGCACACCGGGACAAAAAACAGGGCGACACGGAAGUUCUCACAUCCAUCUAUGGCAAUUUUUAAAGGAAUUGCUCGGAUCUCCACAGAAACAUGGUACGGCUAUACGUUGGUUAGACCGAAGUAAAGGAGUAUUUAAGAUUGAGGAUUCUGUGCGAGUGGCUAAACUCUGGGGUCAGCGUAAGAAUCGUCCAGCAAUGAAUUACGACAAACUCUCGCGAUCCAUUAGGCAGUAUUAUAAGAAAGGUAUAAUGAAAAAAACUGAGCGGUCCCAAAGGCUCGUUUAUCAAUUCUGUCAUCCAUAUUGCCUCUAAAGCACAUGAUGCCUUAAAAAUUUCAUUAUCUAUUUAUUCCGUAAAUUAUUUUUCAUUAUUAUUUUCUGUAAUUGUCAUUAGAGUGUCAUUAUAUAGAUAUAGGAAUUUAGUUUUUAAAGCUUGACGUGUGAGAAAGAGGUUGAAAAAUCACAAUGAGUCUCUUGUAAAUUACUAUUUUAGACAUAAUUUCAUAACUAGAAGCUCUCUUCUGUAUUGCCAUGGUUUAAUUGCAAUAUGAUGAGAUGCAAUUGUUAAGAGAAAAUAAUACCCUAAUCAAUCCUUCAUUUCUUCCAAGAAAUUUUUAUAGAGAAGAAAAGGAUAUGAUUUGAUUUCUACUCAUUCUUUCAUGUAAGAUUUAUUCAGGGGCAUGCCCAACCCCGAGAAAUCAGUACUUUUAGUGAGGCAGCAGGUUCUUCCGAUCAAAAUAAGGGAUCAAUUUGCACAAUUCCACUUGCAAUCGAAAGUACAUUUAAUUAGCUCUCGAUUGAUCCCUAUCUCAUCAUCGAAAUAACAUUAUUGAUAUAAAAAAAGUUAAAGUGUUUCUCGGGAAUCGGUCGAGAUUGAGCGAGAUUCGAGAAUUCCUCAUACAUUUUUGUCAACAAAAAGUGACUUUGCCUCACAGAAAAAGAGGUUAUACCAUCCCCUUGGAUUUAUUUUUAAGGUGAUUGAAUGGUCGACCAAUAAGUAUAUAUUUUUUUUUAAGUGUAGUACCUUGAUUAAGGUAAAAUGAAGGUAAUUUGCUUAAAAAUUUUCAUUUGUAUUUUUUACAAAAAAAAGUAAUUUUUUUUAAUAAUAUAAGAAUGUCACAGAAAGAAGUGGGAAGGUAAUUUCCCCUUCUAGUAUAUAGUUAUAUGCAUAUAUCUCAUAAAACUUUGCAAUUUAAAUUAGUAUUUAGUUAAUAACAUCCAUUUGAUUAUUGGUUUACCGACAAUUUUUAUAUUCGGUUGAGAUUUAAUGUACAUCUCGUCUUAGGGAGGAUUAACAUUUCAUUUCCUGAAUUAAAUGUCGGUAAUUUUGGUCCCAUAUAUCUAUGAUAUAUUCAUACUAGUAAGUUCUAUGAACAAAAGUUUUAUCGCGAAAAAAUUAUAUAUUGUUAAAAUGUAAUAUAGAAAUUAUAUAUUUUUAAGAUAUUUUGGUGUUUACUACGUAGCGGAACACCAACUAAUUUGUAAUUAUUUGAUUGUGUAAAAUAAAAUUAAAAAGUCUCGUGUAUUAUCAGUUAAUUAAAAUUAUGACGAUCGUGUGUCUUAUUCAGUAACCAAGAUAUCCUUGAAAUCGUUGAAAUUUCAGAACAAGUUCUUGAAAUUUCAAAGAUUUCUUGGUUGCUAAAUAGGACUUCAUAUUUAUAAUAUAGUACGUAAUAUGUGCAGGUGUUUAAUUAAUCAAUUUAAAAGAUUUAUAAACCUAAUCAAUAUUAUUUUAAGGCGCUUUAAACAUGCAUAGUAUAAAAAAAAACUUAUUUUACCCUUGAAAAGUUUCAUUGAAGAAUAUGAGCUCAUUCUUCAAUCAAAUUUUUCAUUAUUUAUAUUUAAAGAGAAUCAACUAUUUUUAAUUUUUUUCUUUUUAGAAUUUAAUUCAAAUAUAGUUAAAAAAAUAUAUAUAUACCUACUAUAAAAUUUAUUAGGUACAUGAAAAUAAAAAUGGUUUUGGGAUGAUAACUGAUAACUCAAAUAUUUAUCGAUUUUUAAAUAAAUAUUACAUAUGUUAAACAGUUUAUUUUAUGUUAUAUUUGUAAGAUUACGAUUUAAGAUUUGUAAGUAAGAUUUGUAAGUAUUUUCACAUAGAUAUGUGAAAAUACUUCUUUUAAAAAAUUAUUUUAACUUCUAUAAUAUUUAGUUUUAAUGUCUUAUACAAAACAUUAACAAAAUGUAAUAUACAAAAGAAUUAGAAAAUAAAGAAACUAACACAGAA